AUGGCUUUACAUACGUAUUCAAUUUUAUAUUUAAACUUAGUGUGUGAAAUGAUUUAUGUUGUGGCAGAAAGAUUAAAAACACAAAAAAUUCAAAUAGACAAAUCCAAAUUAGUUCUAAAUGACAUAAUUGCUGCAUCACUUAACUGUCCAUUUUUGUUUGUACCAACAUCUAUCGUUAACAAAGAUAUUUUAAAUAAAAGUAUAUGUUGUGCAGUUCAUUCUUCAAUUAUGCGACUGAAUGAUUCUAGUAUGGAAAAGUUAAUGGGUUUGAUAGAAACCUCAGUAAAAAUGCAAAUGUUCUCAAGUAAUGGUCCAAGGCAAGUAUUAUUAGUAACAUUGAAUCAUUUAGAUUCUAUCCGUGAACUGGCAUGUACUCAUCAAUUGAAACAAAAUAUAGAUGUCAUACAACACAAUUUCUAUCAAACAUUUGAGAAAAUGACAAAUGGAGAAAUAAUGAGAGUACGUUACGCAAUGUUGAAUUAUUUGCAAGAUAUACACGUUAAAGUUACCAUAUUUAUUAAAGAAGGUUUACAGCGGUACAACGGAUCAUUUGUUUCAGUAGGAAAAUGGGUGAUUCCACAUGGAUGUGAAGCUCCAGGUGUUAUAAGAGUAUUCAAUAAAAAUAGUACUCUUAUUGACAUCAGUACAUUUCAUCCAAUUUCAUUUUACAAAGUAGAAACCGAAAUAGGUUCAAUUAAGCCAAAUAGUCCUCGGAUCACUACUCUUGGGCUUUCAAUAUUUAAUAUUAAUAAAAAUAUUAAUCAACCUUCCGAAGAAACAUCAGAUCCAUUAUUUAAUGGCCAGACUAGUCGCGAUGGAUAUAAACAAGAAAUGGAUCUUUUUGUUACCCAACUGAUGGGUAACGAUAAUGAUAGUGAAGAAAUCACUAAUUUGGAUCUUGAAAUAUUAGAUACUUCAUUAAAUACAAAUGAAAACAAAAUAGAAGAAAAAAUGUCAGAACACAAUAUUUUAGAUUUUACUCAAAUUACUAGCAAUUUGUCUUUACAAAAUAUAAGAACGGAAAUGGACGAUUCAGUUUCAAGACCAACCGGAGAUAUACUAAACAUGAUGCAGUUAUUAGAUUUGGAAUAA